AUGAAUGUUACAUUCGAUUUAGAUGAUCAACAUCAUCAACAAAUUGAAUUAAAUAGUAAUGAUCCCGUACAACGUACACAUUUAAUAACACUUCGUGAAGUUGACAUACAAUUAACAAAUCGAAAAACUAUACUUACGGAAACAACACCAACUAAUGAUAAUAAUCAAGUUUUUUCUCAACCAAUUAUUGAUCAUAAUUGGGAAUCACGAUAUUAUUCGGGUCAUUUGGUAGCUACAUGUGGAAAUUUUGUUGCUUAUUCUCUUAAACGACAAAAUGGUGAUGAUAUUAUUUGUGUUUUUUAUAAACAAGUGGAUUUUCGAUCUGUAAUAAAUCCUCCAUUUUCGGGUGAUAUUCAUGAUUUAGUAUUCUCAUUUUCUGAUGAUGUCCUUUUGGCAUGUGUUGAUCAAGCAUCUCAUUUACGUAUUUAUCGAAUAGAAAAAAUUGAUGAACCAAAUGAAUUACAACAUACACUAAUCUUAUUUGUUGAUUUACAAUAUUCAAAUAAUCAAUGUCCUCCAACAUUAUCAUGGUGUUAUUUUAUACCUGAUAGUAAUGAUAGUGAAGAUAAUGAUGCAUAUACUAUGUUAAGUGUUACUCGUGGUUCAAAUGUCGAAGUACUUAAUGUUGAUAUUGUAUCACAAUCAUGUAUCUCGGAAAAUAUGUUAAAUUUAAAUCAAAUUGAAAAUGGUCGUUUAACAUAUGGAGAUAAUAAUGGUAAUGUAACAUGUGUUUGUUUUUCACCGGAUGGUACAGCAUUAGGAACUGGUACAGAUAAAGGUGAAAUAAAAUUUUUUUCAAUUAAUUUUGAACAACCACAAACAUGCAGAUGUUUACAUCUUUGGAUACCACAUGAAGGUCGAUCAAUUUCAUCAUUAUUUUUUCUUGAUGAUCAUAAAAAUUUAACACAAGAUACUCAAUUAUGGCGUUAUGCAAUAUCAGGCUGUGAUCAAAAUCGUGAACUUAAAGUGUGGAGUUGUACGAAUUGGAGUUGUUUACAAAUUAUUUGUUUUCAAUAUUCAUUUAUUGAUUCUGUAUUUCAUCCAUCAUCACAAAUACCUAUAUUUAAAGCUUCAAUUGAUUUAACAUCACGUUUUCUUGUUCUUUCUGAUAUAAAUCGAAAUUUUAUGUAUGUAUUAACUAUAUAUCAAGAUGCUGAAAAUAAUCGAGCACAUUUUUCAUCAAUAAAUGCUUUCAAUUCAAUUACUUGUCCAUCAUUAAGUUUUGCUAUAACAGCUGCUGAUCAAAUUAAUCGUGAACAUUCUGAUUUUGUUUCUUAUGGUGUUAAAAUGUACAGUAUUCAUACAAAAUUUUUUCAAGAAAUUUUACUCGUUUUUAAAACGAAUCGUUUUAUGACAAUAAAUCCUGUAUAUUUUGAACAACAAAAUCAUUCAUUAGAAGAUAAUAUUAUUGAAGAUUUUCAUUUUGAACCAUAUAUGUCAUAUUUACGUAAUGGAGAUUUAUCAGUACCUUCAACAACUAUAAAUCGUAUAGAACCUGCUGUCAAUGAUCUUAUUGGUCUUCCACCAUAUAGUAUUGAUGAUUUACUUACACCAAAUAGUUCUUUAACAAAUGUAACUGAUUUACCAAAUGUUGAUACAACACGUUCAUUACUUGCAAGUCAUGAUGGAUUAACAACAAAUGUAAAUAAUACAACAAAUAUACUUUCAUCACCACCAACAGUCAAUAAUAAAAUAUCAACAAAUGAUCCUCUUCAUGGUCUUUUACUUGGUAAUACAACAGCAUUUGAUGCUAUAACUAUUCGACAACAACAAGAACAUCAUACACAUAUUUCACCAUCACAACAACAAGUUGUUUCAACUGUAUCUACAAGUCCUAAUAAUCGAUUUAAAUCAAAAGUAACUACGGAUAAAGAUUCAUCAUCAUUAAUUAGAAAUGGUAUAUCACAAUCACCAUACGAUCUAGAUGAUAAAGAAGUUGCUGAAAGUAUGUCAUGUGCAACAAAUUAUCCUCUUCCAUAUGAAACCUUACCAAAUGAUGAUAAUGAUGAUGGUGAUGCAGUAUUUAUACCAAUAAAAACAAAUGAUGAUGAUGAACAGAUUAUUGGCAAUCAAGAUCCACUUUUAUCACCACCGAAAUUUAGUGAUAAUUCACGUUGGUCUAAAAAAAGUCCAAUGAAAGGAUUAAAUACAUCUGGUCGUCAGGAUAUCAAUGAUUUUAGUGAUCCAACUGAAACAAGUGAUAAAGACGAUGAUUCAACAGCUGAUGAAGAAGCUCUUCCACAUACACGUAUAAAACGACGUGGUGGACGUUCACCAAAUAGUUCACAAAUAGUAUUAAAUACCGAUUCAUUACAUGAAAUUCGUCAAUUAACUCGUUUGUUAAGUGAAUUUCGUUCACAUAAAACAAAUAUUUCCACGGAAUCUCUUUCACUUAUGACAUCACAUUUAGAUUAUGAAAAAAAACUUGAACAAUGCUGUCAACGUCUUGAACAAUUAGCAAACAAAGUUGAUAGAAUAAUUAGUCUCGAACCAGCUGGCAUUGUUUCUCGACCAAGUCGACCAAGUCCAAAUGCAGCACCUGUACAAGUUCUAACAACUGACGAAUCACCAGCAAUAUUAUCUGAUACACAUUAUGAUCGUUUAGAAGCUAUGCUUAUUGAAAAAAUUCAAACAUAUGUACAAGGCGCAAUGAAAUCUGUACUCGAACCAUAUCGAGAUAUGAAAGAUAAUUUACAUAAAGAUCUUGCAGCUAAAUUAUUAGCAACUGAUACAGUUAUUAAACAAACAAUUACACAAAUAUUUCGUUCAAAAACAAUGAUCGAUUCAUUAAGUCAUACAAUAUCUAAUUCAAUACAAUCAAUAAUGAUAACAUCUUAUCGUGAUACAUUUAAUCAAAUAGUAAUACCAUCAUUUGAAAAAGCUGCAACAAAUAUGUUUCAACAAACAAAUGAUGUAUUUAAACGUGGUACAAAAGAAUAUUUACAAGAAAUGAUUGAAUAUGGUCGACAACAACAACGUUCAUUAAUUCAACAACGUGAACAAAUGAUGAAUGAAAUUCGUAAAGAAUCAAUACAAUUAAAUAAAGAAUUUGAAAAGAAAAAUCAAGAUUUAGUAAAUACACUUAAAAAUGAUAUUAAUCAUUAUAUGACAUCUAAUUUAACAUCUAUAAUUCGAGAUACAACACGAUCUGUAUUACAUGAUGAAAUAACUGUAGUCUUUCGUGAAUUAUUAACUACGCAAAAAACUGAUAUAAAUAAUUUACUUCGACAAUCUCUUACUUCGAAAUCAACAAUUAGUCGAACAACAACUCCAAUACCUACAGCUUCUGUUAUUGCAUCAUCACCAACUAUAACAAGUACAAAUUCAACAUUAGAUACUAAACAACAACAUAUAUUAAAACUUGCUCGUUUUGGUCAAUUAAAUCAAGCAUUUGAAUAUGCAUUAUCAGCAUCAGAUUUAAAUCUUGUUUUAUAUUUAUGUGAAAAUGUUCGUCCAACAGAACUUUUUUCAAUUCAACCAUGUCCAUUACAAACUCCUGUUCUUCUUUCUUUAAUUCAACAACUUUCAGCUGAUUUAAAUACAUAUCAAGAAUUAAAAUAUAGAUAUUUACAUGAAGCAUUAAUUUGUCUUGAUUUAUCACAUCCAAGUGUACGUGAUUAUUUACAAACUGUUUUAAUUGAUCUUUGUAAAAAAUUAAAUACAUAUAUUCAAGCAAAUCCAUCAACAACGAUGGCUAAACGUUUUCAAUUAUUACUUAUGGCAAGUCAAGGUUUAGUACAAAAAAUUGUUCAACAACGAGCAACACCAAUAAUACAAACAACAUAA